UGGUUGUUGUUGUUGUUGUGGAUUGACCAUUAGUAGCGGAAACUUUCUCUUGUACGCAGUUGUCAUUGCCUAUUACGGGUGGACUAUGGUUCAGGUUCAUAUGUUUUGGUACCUUUGUGAAAGAUCCAAAUUCUUACCGUGUGUGCCAACGUGGAUUAUCAGCACUAUCUCAGUCAGCAUUUUGGCAUCAAUUAUAUGCUGAAGAUGUUCAACUUUUUAAAAACCUCUCUUCAGUAAGGCUGUCGAAUUGGACAUUGGAUCAUUAUAUUUAUAAUAUUGAUUUCCAUCAAUGAUAUCUGUGGAUGAGCCUGUAACUAUUAAUUGACAAUGAUGGAAUACUUGUUUACUUAUAAAUUCUUCAGAUAUUUUUUUUUAUCACAAUGAUGUCAACAUAUUAUACACAUUUCUUUUGAGAAAUGAAAAAGAUUCCGUGAAUUGAACUAUUUGCAGUAGCCCUGAACUUCAGAUCACUUGUGAUGAAAAGCUAUGUGGCUUUUUUAAAUACUUUUUAAGUAGGCCUAUAUAUUUAAAUAGAAGCAACUGGUAUAAAAAGCUCAUUUCCCCGGAUGUCCUAAUGAAUAUUCUUUAUAAUCAGUAAACAAUACGUCAUUAUUUUCACUUAAAUCCACACACCUUUGUAAGCUGUCUGAACUUUGUGUCAGUCUUUGUGGUGUGGUUAUCCAUGCGAGACAUUUGACUUCACUGUUGAAAGUUUAGAUCUCUCAUUCUUUACCUGGCCAUGGAUAUUACCGUCAUGAAUUGAUGAUGUUUUGAACUCUUGGGAAGUUUGACUAGAUAUUUUCAAGACUAUAAUAAAAUGAUGAUCGUGUUAGUAUAUUUUUGAGUAGAGUGCGGUCUUUUAAGGACAAUGGAGCAGAAGUUUAUUAGCCUUCUUCGCUGGCCCUCUUUUCAGGCAGUUUGUAACAUUCUUGCUCGUUUUCAUUGGCGUAUUUAUGCUGUGGGUGGUGGAACGUUGGUUGUUACAUUCUCUGAAGACACUUGCUUACCAGACGCUGGUACUUGUAUGUAUAUUGUGUUUUCAGGAUCAUCUUCACGUCACAUCACACAAGCUCAGUGGAAGAAUCAUAACACUCUACAUUCAAUUAUUCCAGGACACAACGCAUUUGAAACUGUAAGCCUUACUGUUCAAACUAGUGGGAGUGAUGGCGGCAGAGUAAUUGCUUCGGGGGAAUUUAAUUACCACGAGGAUAGUACGCAUAAUAUAGCUCGUUUUUUAGCCAACAGUACACAUGAUCCAAAUACAUUAAACCACGUUAAUCUCAGUGACGAGGACCUUUCCACAUUGGACCAACGCUUACGACUUGCCUUUGAGAACUUGGAUUUACCAGAAUCGUGGCGUUUGAUAGAAUCGUCUGAGCAUUUAGUUCAAGCUCCAAGAGAAACUUUACUUCAUUUUGCUGCCAGGCACCGAUUGACCGAAUUUGCAUUGUAUCUUCUAAACAAACCAUCAAGGGAGCUACAAAUAGCUUUACGUCUACCCAAUGAACAUGAGGAAAUACCAAUUGACAUUGCAAGAGGUCAAGGUCUUGACAAUUUAGCCAAAGAAAUGCAAAAUCGGGCAGUUGGUAUACAUAGGGAUCUAGAUAUAGAUGUGUUUUGUCGAGGGCCUUUAACAGCAAGGCGGCAUAGAUCAGGGAAAAUCAGUGUCUCAUAUAACCUGAAGGAAAGCUAUCGGUCAAUUGACCAACAGAUACAGAUGCUACAGGAAGUUUUGAAUUUUAAAAGGGUUGACGACCCGCCUCAAAAACAGGUUUUAAUGCACCAUCAGCAAGCGCACAGCAAUUCAAUGGGAUACGGUGUCCCGCUCCACGAUGAAAAUGACGAUGAGGAAGAAGAGGAGGACGAUGAUGAGGAUGAUGAUGAGUUCGUUGAGUGUUCAGAUCGGACACCGACACAGUCUUCUUGUGUUCUACACCGGACGCUGACACCAUCUUCCUGUGAAACUGUCUUUAAAGCCAGUAUGCAAAAAUUACAACAGAUUACCAACAAGGUACAAGAUUACCAAGACAUUAACCGACAGGAGCUAAUGGGCCAGGCAUCAAGGAGGGAGAACUUGUCAAGAUUUAGCUGUUCUUGUCCAUCACUGACAGACAAAGAUGGAACAUCAAAUUCAGUUAUGAAACCAGCUGUCUCCUUGAGAGCCAUUGCAUCAUUUAAUGAAGAAGAUGAAGACGAGGAUUCUGGGGAGUCUGAGGGGUGUACAGAAGCAAACGAGAAAAACAUGAAGAACAGUCGAGGUACCAACAAUAAUUUAGUGCAUCACAUGGAAGAACGACGCAAAUCAGUCAGCUCGGGUGAUGAGGAGCCAUACGUGAACUCUACGUACAAAUCAGAUUGGGCGGUUGCGGCGAGCAAUCAUCGGGUGAAUAAUCGUAAUCAACGGCACAGCGAUGUGUCGGUAGCAAGAAGAAUAUUGUACUCAAGGACUGAAAAUUACGAGCGGGUAUACCAACAACUGGAUAAAAGUCUUGGACAUUUAGCUGGUGGACAGUUAAGUGAUGAUGAGUUCCAGGAUGCACCAGACAGGACACCAUCUUCAAAAUCCCUCCAGUCUGAUUCAAAUGGACAAGCAAAAACUGAUUCCCAGAAAGACGAGAUGGUUUCUGAUUCAAGAUCAGGGAUAAGUAACCAACUUGUGGUUGAUGGUUUUCAAGAUUCUAGUGCUGAAAAUCUGGACAUGGUCAACACAGAAAAUGUUGCUAAAGUCCGUAUGCGAUCGCAUCUCAAUAAGGACAGAGAAAAACGUCAAAUUCGAAGUGUAUCUAUGUUUGAACCAACAAUGCCUUUAACUCAUUCCACCACUUCACGCCCUAAGCCCAAGACAAUCGGUGAUCAUCAGAUAAGCAAAAUCACGUCGGAAGAAGUUCCACAGGAAUCUGAUGAGCUUGAAGCGGACCCGAAUUACGCAGAAUUCCUAAAGACGCGACGCAGGAACAAAGCACGUAUGUCGCUAACAGAGUUCUUAAGUGACCCUCGGAACUUUGAUGAAGGAGAGGAAACUCAAAGUGUUACCAAGAGGGAGACACCUAAACCUCGUCCUCCUGUGUUUAGGAAGUUUAGUUUCUUGAAACAGAAAACUAAAAAAGACAAGAAGGACCGUGAGGAACCGCGUCUAAAACAUCAAUUUGUGCCUGUUUCAUUUUCAACAUCGAAGAAAUGUCACCAUUGUGAAAAAUCAAUGACAAACAAGGAUGCACUACAAUGUCAAAUUUGUCAAGUUAGUGUACAUAAUAGUUCCUGUAAAGAUAAUGUAGUUCCAUGUACAAAACCCUCAAGACAUCCAAAACAGAAGCUGAUAUUGCGAUACUUUGGCCAUUCACUCAUCAAACCCACGGCUACGGAGGUGAUAAAAAUUUUUCUCAAUUUAUGAGCUGCUGCCGAAAACCCAGAAACAUUAGCUUUGCCAUCAUCACACAAAUUUCUUUUCUCCAUCAUUUUUUUUUAUUUAAUGUCGUUACAAGUUAUUACUUUGUUCAGGUCAUGAAUCGGUGUAUUAUAUUGUGCACAUUCUAAAAUGGUUAUUUCUUUAAAUAUAUCUAGAUUUUAUUUUUUUUAAUGUUUUAUUUUUAUUACUGCAAGCAUGCUCAGCAUACUCAUUUGCAUAUUCAUGUUGUGUAAAACUAACAGGUGUGAUUUUGUUUACCUGGAUAUGCAAAUUAUUUUCUUUUGCCUUAACAUAAAGUAUUCAUGUUGUAUAUUUAAGAAUUUAAUUCUUUAACUUGGUGUUAAUCUUAAUAUUGGAAUGUGUCCUUUUGUAGCUUCAGCAAAUAUUGAUUAUAUAUUUUUGCCAUACAGUAACAUAUCAUUUCAUACUUUAUUUACGGAUAAACAAAAGUAUUAACAUUUUUCUAUGAAACAUAAUUUCCUAAUACAUGGUCAGUAAAUAAGUAAUUAAGUGGUAAGGUAGUAAUAAUAUUUUAUUUUUUGUUAAAUUAUAAAUUACUCUAACAUCAUUUUGUAUUUAAUCAUCAAUUAAUUUUUGCAUACAAUUAAAAUAUUGGAAAACCAGAGCUAACCAAAAUGAACUUAACCACAGUAGCUAUACUGGUGGUCCCAUCUUCAAUGACAUAAAAA